AUGCCGUCCAUGGAUCGAGCAGUAUCUCCACCAGAGCGUCCAGCGCAGCUGGCCCUGAUGAAAGACAAUCCAGGUCUUGGUCUUUUCGCAUGGCUUGCUCCAGAAAUCCGUCUGCAAAUCUGGCAGCAUUUUCUCCCAGAUGGUGCAGACACGGAUUCUACGCGCGUCCAGAAAACUGAUCUCAGCAUCCUCCGAGCCAGUCGACAGCUAUAUGAAGAAAUAUCGGCCAAUUUGUACUCAAACCUCGUCCUUUACUUCGACUUCUCACCGAUUUACAUACCCAGAUCGUGGCUGAUAGUCCGCUACCAACACCCCAAAGCCAAGCUCUACGAGGAACGUACAGCGUGGAUAUUGCGAGACGAAUCGGACUUGAAAUUGAGAGGCUUUCACACCCUCCCGUACGACAGGGUCGAUACGGUUGUCAGCCUCUUCCCCCCUGACACCAUAGAUCCCGGCCAAUUUAUCUUGCUGUUCCAAAAGGUUAUGGCAUUCUCACUGUGUGUCGGAAAUAGCAAGUCAAUUGUCCGACGCUUGGUUAUCCGGUUUCAGAAAAUGGAACAUAAGGACUGGCAUGAUAACAAGAAAGCGAAGAGGAGCCUCGACUGGUAUUCCCCUGGUUCAGUUGCCCAGCCCGGAUAUGACCAUGAUAUGAUUUUCGUCCCAUUUCGCAUCCUGCGCAGCCAAGUACAUCAGCUCAGAGUCCAGGCUCAUUCCAUGACGCUCAAGAACGCACUGGACUGGACCAAACUCACUUUUACCACGAAGAAACUGUUUCGAAAUCUUGGCAUGACGAGCCUGCAAGACACUACGUUAGAGUCGGCAGCCCGGGAUCCUCGCUGGUGUGCGGCCAGCUAUUUCAUCUUGAUCGACCAGCAACUAGCAAUGUGCCGUCGAGGAAGGACAGCAAACAUGGUACGUCUGGAGAGAUUCAGUAAAUGGUUCCCAGACAGUCAGAAUGGCACUUCAUCCGGAUACGAGGACUAUAUGAUACACAUCAUUGAAACAUACCCCGACCUCAUCUACCAACUUGACCCCUUCCGACGUGUUUUGAAACUUUGGCACCAAUCACUGGUCGCCUUGUACCAUCACAUCAGGUCAUUUGAUGCGGAAAAAACCAUACCAGACGGAGCAGAAACCAUCACACCAGUCCUUAUGCCCUCUAGUCUUCCUCCAGUGGUGAAUACCUGGGAUCAGGAUGAAUGGUACCGUUCCUUUCCCAGCGGUAUUCCAAGCCCAAUGUCUGAGGAAUUCCAUCGUUGCUUUCCCCUGGAACAGUCUGUGUAUCGUGCCUAUUGCCUGAGAGACGGUUCCUUGUUUAAAAGGUUUUACGUUGCCUAUCACACGUCGCCAAAUGGACAAUGGAUUGAAUGCUAUUGAGGUGCUUGCUCUGUUUGUCAGUUUACCUUGUACGGUUGGUAUUUCUUGUCAGUGUACCUGCUACCUUCUGGGUUGACGGGAAGGGGCAAAGGGAAGAAAUAGGCUGAACGUUACAACUGCUGAUUAAGGUGCUUAUCUGUCUUACUGGUCAUAGACUGUUGGCUGUUGGUUACUCCACGGUUUGUUCUGAUCAGGCUUGUGACAAUAAUGAGCUCAGCGCACCUACUGGGUAGGAUGGGUGAUUCUUUAUGGGAAAGAUAGGCAAUAGAUAAAAAGGAUCAUGAUUAAUUCAUU